UCUUCAAUUCGUCAUGGAUCCAUUUCCCAUUCUUUCUUCCUCCGCUUCUUAACUCAACAGCAAAUCUCUCUCUCCCUCUCCCUCCCCCUCUCUCUCCUUCUUUCUCUCUCUCUCUCUCUCUCUCUCUCUCUCUCCCUUCUGUGAGCAGAAGAAGAAGAAGAAGAAGAAGAAGAAGAAGAAGAAGAAGAAAAGAGGAGCAAAGGUGGGAUGUCUCUAAGAAAAGCACUUCUAUUCGGAAGGAGCAGAACCAAAAGGUGCUUCAAUCUCUCGAAUCUCAUUCAAGAACCCGGAACUCUGAAGCAAGAAGAAACCGAAGCCGAUAAACAGCAGGCGGAUGGCCAUGGCGAAGCAGACGAAGAGAUCAAGCGAGUCUCUGAUGAGGAUGGCUGGUCCGAUUUGCUGCCUGAGCUUCUCGUCGAGAUCAUCCAGCGAGUGGAGUCAAGCGAAGACCGUUGGCCGAGUCGCAAGAACGUUGUCGCUUGUGCUUCCGUCUGUAAGAGAUGGAGAGAAGUUACCAAAGGCACCGUUAGGUCUCCUCUGCAGUGCGGAAAGAUAACUUUCCCUUCUUCCCUCAAACAGCCAGGGCCGCGAGAUGCUCCCCUUCAGUGUUUUAUCAAGCGGAACAAGAAGAACUGCACAUUUUAUCUUUAUCUUGGUCUGACCCAGACAUUCAUGGAUAAAGGAAAAUUUCUCUUAGCAGCACGAAGGUAUAGAUGUGGUGCUCACACUGAAUAUAUAAUCUCUCUUGAUGCUGAUGACCUGUCCCAAGGAAGUAAUGCUUAUGUUGGGAAGCUGAGAUCCGAUUUCCUUGGCACCAAGUUCAUCAUCUAUGACAGCCAACCACCAUACAAUGGUGCAAAGCCUUCAAAUAGUAGAGCAAGCCGUCGAUUUGCAAGCAAGCAGAUCAGUCCCCAGGUUCCAGCAGGUAACUUCGAGAUUGGUCAGGUCUCUUACAAGUUUAACCUGUUAAAAUCAAGGGGGCCAAGAAGGAUGUUCUGCACAUUAAGGCCUCCAUCCACAAGAGGAACUACCAACGACGAGCUUCAGAAGAACUCUGAGACACAGAGCACAACUGCCGCUGCCAAUGCGGGGUGCAUGACACUGAGGAACAAGGCUCCAAGGUGGCAUGAACAUUUGCAAUGCUGGUGCCUAAAUUUCCAUGGUCGGGUUACAGUUGCUUCUGUGAAAAACUUUCAGUUGGUGGCAGCAGUGGACCCUAGUCAACCGGGAGGGAAAGGGGAUGGUGAGACUGUACUUCUUCAAUUUGGGAAGGUGGGUGAUGACAUGUUCACAAUGGAUUAUAGGCAGCCUUUAUCAGCUUUCCAGGCAUUCGCCAUCUGCCUCACCAGCUUCGGUACUAAACUUGCUUGCGAGUGAUAUAUAUAUAUAUAUAUUAUAUUAUAUACUUGAAUACUAUCAUGUAUGAAGAAAUGGGUGAUAAAAAAUGCCAAGAAAGGUGAUGCCGAUGCUAACUGUAGGCUCUUGAUGUUGUUUUAGUACUUAUUUUUCUUUGAUAUGUUAUGUAGUAUGCAAUCUCUCUCUCUCUCUCUGAUUGGCUUCUCUUGCAAGAAGACAUUCAUUGUAAAUCUUGCAACUGAAUGAAGAUGAUGGUGCUUCGGCUUGUCGAUUGUCA